AUGGGGCGGGCGGCUCUCCUGCCGUUGAACCAAGGAGUGAGGGGACAACCAGGCGCCGUCUCACAGACUCUCCAUCACCCUCUGCCCGCCCAGCUCGCCGUUGCUGCCGUCUCGAGCCUCCGUCACCUGAUUGGUGCGGCCGAGCCCAAAGGGGCGGUGACCUUCACCGUUGCGCUCGUCUAUUGGAUAACCGCGCCAUCCAUCAGCUCCGGGCCUCGCCUCUUCCGGUGGCUUGCACCAGAUCCCUUCUGGGAAUUUUGUCAUAAACUUCAGGAGUCCUUGUUCAGUUCAGCGAGUGGAUACAGCAAUUACAGAGGGAUUCUGAACUGGUGUGUGGUCAUGCUGAUUUUGAGCAAUGCUCGUCUUUUUCUGGAGAAUCUUAUUAAAUAUGGUAUAUUAGUGGAUCCAAUUCAAAUAAUCUCACUGUUCCUGAAAGACCCCUACAGUUGGCCUGCUUUGUGCCUUAUAAUUGUCUCGAAUACUUUUGUAAUUGUGACACUGCACAUUGAAAGGAAAAUGGCUAUGGGUGUUUUGUCUGAGCGUUUCGGGUUGGCUUUGCAUACAGUUAACCUGACCGCCAUUCUAUCCUUCCCUGUAGCAGUGGUAUUAUCGGUUGACUCAAUAACUCCAGUGGGUGCUGUAAUGGCACUGAUGUGCUACACCAUUCAGUUUCUCAAACUCUACUCGUACAAAGAUGUAAACAAGUGGUGUCGAGAAUUGCGCAGAGCAAAAGUGAAGACUCUGGUGAGAUCUCUGUCAGCUCCUGGCUUGAAAGAGAAUGGCGAAGCUGUACAGUCGGUGGUCAUGUAUCCUGGGAACCUGACAUACAAAGACAUGUAUUAUUUCCUAUUUGCACCCACCCUGUGCUAUGAGCUAAAUUUUCCCCGAUCGCCCCGGAUCCGAAAACGGUUCUUACUGAGGAGAAUGUUUGAAAUGCUUUUCCUCAUUCAGUUGCAAGUGGGGUUAGUUCAACAGUGGUUGGUGCCUGCUAUACAGAAUUCCAUGAAACCAUUCAAAGAUAUGGACUAUUCCAGGAUGAUAGAGCGCUUACUGAAGCUUGCAGUUCCCAACCACCUAAUCUGGCUCAUCUUUUUCUACUGGUUUUUUCACUCAUCUAUGAACGUUUUGGCUGAAAUAAUGAAGUUUGGAGAUCGGGAGUUCUACAGGGACUGGUGGAAUUCCGAGACAGUGACAUACUUCUGGAAGAACUGGAAUAUUCCCGUUCACAAGUGGUGCAGCAGGCACUUCUACAAGCCCAUGCUGAAGAUAGGGGUGAACAAGAGGAUUGCACAGACCGCAGUCUUCCUGGCAUCUGCUUUCUUUCACGAGUAUCUGGUCAGUGUUCCUCUGAAGAUGUUCCGUCUGUGGGCAUUCAUGGGGAUGAUGGCUCAGGUUCCACUGGCUUGGUUAGUUGGGAAGUUUCUGAGUGGGAAUUAUGGAAACGCAGCAGUGUGGUUGUCCCUGAUCAUCGGUCAGCCAAUUGCAGUGCUGAUGUAUGUCCACGAUUAUUACAUCCUGAACUAUGAGGGAUCACAGUGAUCACAGGAAACCUGCAAAAACUACACAGUCUGGAACGUGAGCAAGGACACUCAACUACUUUCAUAAUCGGUGGAAAUUUCUUGGAGAGGAUUUUCUUUUGUUUCAAAGGGUUUAAAUGCCUUAAAUUGUUUGAGGAACACACAGGCCACCAUCCUGUGCAAAUUAUUCUUUUUGCAACCACCGAGCAGUGGGGGAAAUGGUAAUGCAGUCACUGAAUAUUGCAAAUUGGGCCCAGAGGACUGAAGCUGGUGACUGGCUGGUCAGAGGUUUGGGGAAUGAGGGUAAAGGUGGAAAUAGUUUUCAGUCGGCAAAAUCCCGGUGAUGUGGGAUGUACAAUGUGUGACCCAUAAGACGUGCUAGUGUAACCAUCCGUUGUAAAAGAGGGAAAGGUGGUUGGAUUUUGUCUACAUGAUCCCCAACAAACGGGGGGGUGGGAGGGGGCAGUGGGAUUGAAUGAGAAAAUGUCACGUUUUAAUUGAGCCUGGUGAAAAUAAUUCAUUCACCAUCUCUCUCCUCAUCCAGGAUCGGGGGAUUGAAGCACAUAAUAGGGUGUUCUUUUCUCCUCUAACUUCUUUUGAAAUGUCUGAGAGUAUUAACAUUGAACGUCAGCUGGAUGGUACCCCAUGGAGGACACUUAUUUUUUUUUCAUCUUUGUUUGUUUGUUGCUGGUAGGUUUCUUUUCUGCACCUCACAUUUCCUCCACCCAGCAAGGAACAUUCCUGGUCACAGGUUGGAGUUGUGAUAGCUGUGUUUAGGAAUGUGCUCUGUGUAGUGAAUGAGCCCAGUGUAGGAUUUCUCCAUUUUGCUGAGUACAUGUAGCCCUCGGGUUGAAUAAGCCUCCAGGAGUCAAACAUCAUCCCCAAAUAAUUUGUCAAUUACCUGCUGAGUCAAUGGAAGGGUAAGGUUAUAAGAUGGAGUAAAAGCCAUGUUUUUCAUCCUCUGCGAGUGACUCCCUUGUUCCCUGGUUUCCUGAAGCCUGCUCACCUGUGACAAGGUUAGAGUCUCCGAUACAGCCGGUGAGGUGAUGGAAUGAUUUGUCUGUAUGAGGGAAUCUCACAGGAGGAAGUCCUGCCCAGCAGCUUUUCAUCCUGUCAGAAACAUUUGACUUUUGCUGACAUAUUCUAACAAAACGCUGGGUGAGUGAGUGAAUGCCUUAAACAACAAAAUACUCCUUCACUGCGUACUCCAUCAGUUCCUCCUUUAGGAACUGUGCUCUGGUUUCACAAGCCCCAUUACGUGCUGGUUUCACCAUGUCCAGUCAACAACCAAGUGUUAUGGAUGUUUCUCACUAUAAACACUGAUCGUAGGAAAACUCAAUAUUUUUCAAAAAUGUUUCCAUGUUUAAGGGAGCUAAAACCAGUCUGAACCAGAGACAAUCCUCCCCAGAAAAGUGUCUGUUUUUCACUAAGUGCCUGACUGAUUUUGAAACCUCUGAUUGUAAGUUUGUUUGCUGAUUCUUACUGCAACAAAACUGCAUCAGCAAUGCAAUUUCUGGAGUAUUAUCUUUCGUAGAGUCAAAAUUUAACAUUCCUGUCCCACUAGGGGAGCACAUCAGCAACUGAAAUCUGGAUUGAUUUGUAUAGAGGAGAGGGGCUUAUUUUACUACAGGCGAACAGCAAGUAGAGGAGGGGUGGUGUGUGGAUAGAUGCUUCUACUAAUAGGAUCUGUGCUGAGAUAGUUGUUUCCUGUUGUGGCUCUGUGUCAUCACCAUUGCUGACUACAGUUCAUGAGUAAAGCCAUUGAGGUACACUGCACUGGCGAAAUAUAUAUUGAAUAGGAGGAAGCGUUAAAGGAGCAACUUGGGCUGUGAAACAUUCUAAUGUUUUGUUUCUGUUAAGUGGGUCUGAGUUUCUUUUUACAGAGGGAUUGGAGGAAAGGAGAGCAAGAAAAUCUGCUACAGCCUAACCAUGACCUGAGAACACCCUGCCUCAUCAAAAUCUUCCCUCACGCCAGUUUCCAUGUUGUACCUUGUCCUCAGCUCCUUGUGGUUCUUAUUCAAUACCUGCUUCAUGCCCCUGGAAAUGAGGGAGGCAGAUUAUUGGAAAAUCAAGUGGUGGCAAUGAUUUUCUGCUUCGGCAAUCUCUAACUGGUCUGUACAGUCAGUGAAUCCUGACUGGAGCGCAGUGCAGAAUCUGAUUUUAUUUGGUGGGCGGGGGGAUCCGGACAAUACGAUUGUGUUGUCCUAUUUGCGCUCAUUUUUGACUUUUGUAUAGCUUUUUUAUCUUUAUAAGAAAACUGCCGUCCUCUGCAGAGAUCUUAUUUUUGUAAAUACAUUGCCCCCACCUGGGGGUGGGCUGUGUAGCAGUGAGCUGAGGCAAGACUGUGAUGCUCCCAUCUGGUUCACUGUAUUGCAGAAAUUUAUUUUCACUACUUCCAUUCCCUUUGUCCUGUGAAUAGGACUAACCAGAAUAUGGAACUCUUUCUGUAAUAGGACCCUGUGGGUAGACAAGUGCCCUGUUUGGAAAAGGUCAUAUAGGUGUAGAGGACCAUAGGCUGCUCUCUGUCUCUAAAGAGACGUGGGGAGGUUGAAACGGCAGGACCUUAAUGGUGACCUCGCCCAGUUCAGGAGUAGUUUAAUACAUUGUAGAUUAUGCAACCCCAGUUUCUCUCAUUAUUGAAUGACGGCUGAGUUCUGCU